AUGCUGGAUGGCCAUGUCGGUCUUCUGGCAGAUCUCGCACUGAUGGCGCAAAUUGCUGGUCUGGCGAGAGAACAAAACAGAACUUUCCUCGUAGAUGACACGUACUGGAAUCGUGGCAAGUGGAUAGACCACUUCCAGCAUGUCCGAGGCAGACAACCUGGACCUGAGCCGGGAUGCAGAGCUCCGCCGCCGGAAGAACUCGUUGCUUGUCCUCGAACAGCUAGACAUUGGGUCGUGAAUUCACGAACCGCGAAAUAUCAUCUUGGGCAUGCAUUCUCCGAAGAGUACGAGGACCCGUAUGCACACAGUAUCAAUCGCGUCAAACCCAUAUUCGAGCGUGCCGCCACCUCCUUCCGUCAAACCAUCCGCCCCAACGCCAAUACCGCCGCCCUCAUCCGCACCGCGCGCGACGAAGUCACGACAUACACCCCGCCGUCCGUCAAGUCCACCCUCUCCAAUACGUCGACGAACAACCCCGAGGGGUAUGUAGCCGUGCACAUCCGCCGAGGCGACCGUCACGCACAUUCGUGGAAAUACCACGAUUCAUACGUGCCCCUCCCGAACUACGUCCAGGCGGUGCAGGAGACCGCCGCGCGCCUGAAUUUGACGCAGCCAUUCCCGGUGUACGUCGCCUCCGACUCGCCCGCGGCGUUCGAGGAGUUCCGGACGUCUAUGCCUCCGGAUACGCCUGUGUUCUCCUUGUGGAAUAGCGAGCGGAAGCAGCUGCCACCGCUCGCAAGCACCCAGGAGUACAUCCAGAAGGAAUUCAACGAGCUCAGCGGUGAGGAGCGGAUGAAGUUAACGACGGGGGCGAUCGUGGAUUUUGCGAUGGUGAGCGGGAUGUGGAGUUGGGAGGGGGACGUUGUGCCUGCUGCCACGGUCUGCACUAUCAGCUCGAAUAUCUGCAAAAUGGCUGCCGUCGGACUGGGAUGGGACAACGCCUUCGGUUUUGGCGACCCAUUGGUCGACCACUCCAUGGGCGAGAUCGACGAGGAUGAGAAACGCUGGGUGGAAAUUGACCAACAAGGCACCGUGGCCCCGGCCUGGACCGCCUUCGAACUAUUUAACUGAGGGCAUAGCACCGUUUCAUUUGGCAUCAUUACGGAGAAAUCAUUAAUCACAUCUAUGGUAGGAUUAGUAAAAUAAUAAUUUAUUUCCUGCUGUUGCUGC